AUGACUGGAUCCAAUCGCCAACCUCUGGCUUCUUCUGUUUCACCUAAUAACAGCAGUAAUCCGUCCUCUUCGUCAGCAGUUAAGAACCCCAAAAACCGGAAUGCCCACCACUCUCGCAAGACUUCUUGGGCUUCCGGUCUCGAUAAAGGCGGCGAACCAUCCCCGGACUUUCCUUACCCUCAACAACGCCGUCGCGCGGACUCUCUAGCCCACGUCUCAGAGGGCUCUUCUGGCCGCUACGAGGAAGACGACGAGGCUGCCUCAGCCUCUAACAUGGCGCUGAGGAACACCUCCCUCGAUUGGACUGAGGGCCAUGCGCGCUCCCGGUCUCAGAGUCAGCCGCAGAUGUCGGCCUUUGAUCCGAUCGAAACGUCCCCCGGGCGCCCUGGGCCCGUGACCUGGAUGUCGCUGCCCCGGAAGAAACAGCUGGCAUUGCUGGGUCUCUGCCGUGUGUUUGAUUUUCUUCAGAUUGCCUCUUUGCAAGCGUAUAUGUUUUAUCAGCUCAAGUCUUUUGAUGAGACUCUUUCCGAUUCGGAUGUUUCUACUCAAGCUGGGAUUCUUCAGGGUGCAUUUACGGCUGCGCAGUUUGCGACAGCUAUUCCCUGGGGUCGGGUUGCAGAUGCCGAGUGGGGUGGGCGCAAGUUUGUCCUUCUUGUUGGUUUGUUAGGGACUGCGGUCUCCUGUUUGGGUGUCGCCUACUCGACGUCGUUCGCGCAGGCCGUGUUCUGGCGGUCGUUUGGUGGCGCCAUCAACGGCACCGUUGGAAUUAUCCGCACUAUGAUUGCGGAGAAUGUGAAGGAGAAGAAGUAUCAUUCAAGAGCAUUCUUGAUUCUACCAAUCGGCUUCAACAUUGCCGCUCUUUUUGGACCUGUCAUGGGUGGAAUGCUUUCCGACCCGGUCAGGAGUUACCCACGGCUCUUCGGGCCCAACUCCUCCUUUGGAGGUGAGAAUGGUGUCGAGUGGCUUAUGCGCUAUCCAUAUGCGCUACCCAUGUUGGCUAAUGCAGUUUUCCUCACAUUCUGUGCUGGUUGCGUCGCUCUCGGCCUUGAGGAGACCCUCCAAGCGUGCAAAGGAAAGCCUGGCCUCGGCGUGUUUUGUAAACGACUUGUUUCUCGCGGCGUCAAAGCGGUUAUUCCCUCAUCAUCGCCUCUAUACUCGAGAUUACCGUUCGCCGACUACGACGAGUCCGGUCCACUACUCAGUCGCCAAAAUGAGUCGUACGAGCUUGAAGAGAAGGCAGCCAAGCCUGGCCGACAUGCUCGUGUCCUUCCAUUCCGACAGAUCUGGACUAAGAACGUCUUGAGCACUCUCUUGGCACAAGCCUUCUUCGACUUCCAGAUGGGUGCAUUCAACAACCUCUGGCUCCUCUUCCUCUCAACGCCUCGCUACGACUCCAACGACCCCGCCAGCCCCGUCCAAAGACUCCCCUUUGUCUUCACCGGUGGUCUAGGCAUGCUCCCCCAAAGCGUCGGCUUCGCCACCGCAAUCCUCGGCGUUAUCGGCAUGAUGCUUCAAUUCACCAUCUACCCCUCCAUUAACAGCCGUCUCGGAACCGCCAAGAGCUACCAAUACUUUCUCACCCUCUUCCCUGUCGCCUACGCCUUCGCCCCCUACAUUGCCCUCGCACCGUCCACCACCCCACCCCCAGGCCAAGCAAACGGAGGCUGGGUGUGGUUCUCCAUUAUCGUCGUCCUCUUCCUGCAAGUCACAGCCCGCACGUUCACGCUCCCGACGUCAAUCAUCCUACUCAACAACUGCUCCCCGCACCCCUCUGUGCUGGGCACCAUUCACGGAAUCGGACAAUCCGUCUCCUCGGCCUUCCGAACCAUCGGACCGAUUUUUUCGGGAGCAUGGUAUGGCUAUGGCCUUGAGAUUGGAACAGUCGGCUUCGCAUGGUGGCUUAUCGCACUUGUCUCUGUCUUUGGCUGCGUCGCUGCUAUCUUCGUCUACGAAGGUUCUGGACACGAGGUUUACCUUCCCGGUGAGGAAGAGGAUAUGUGA